CGGCGGUGGCGGCGGCCAUGUUGCCGUAUCCCGAGAGAAGAGAGAACGAUCCGAGAGAGCACCGUGAGGCUGCUUCGUUUGUUGCUUGCAGCGGCGGUCCAAACUUUAAGAAGUUUAAUUCUCUUUUAUACAAACGAUCGUCUUUGCCAGUGCGUUGUGUCAAAAAUACAAGUAUUCCGCGAUCCGUAUCGUCGUCGCCGUCUCCGUCGCCGUCUCCGUUGCCGUUGCCGUCUGAGUUGCCGUUGCCGUUGCCGUUACCGUCGCCGUCCUCUUCGCAAUACUUUUCGUCGCGGCUUCGUCGUUACUGGUCGUACGCAUCUUUAGAUUAACGCGGUUUCGACGACGAGGGCGACGACGACGACGACGAGGACGACGACGAGGACGACGACGACGACGACGACGACGACAACGACGACGCGUACGCGCGUGUGCCUUCUGUGCUUCUUACGUUUUCUCGCGUUUCUUCUACUUCUGGCAUGUCUCCUAUACUCGAGGAGACCACGGAAUAAUUCGCGGGAUAACUCUUCUUCUUGCGAAGCGCUAGAAAACGCAAAAAGUGCGCGACCGAGAGAAAGGAUUCUCCGAGAGGUGAUAACGAAAAGAGAAAACGAAUAAAAGAGGAAAGGUGACGCUAUGACGUGCGACAAGUGAAUUUCGUGAAUUGCUCUGAAGGAAGGACCGGAGGAAGAGGAAGAAGAGAUUGAAACUAUUUUAGCCCUCUUUCGUUUUUUCGUUCGUGUACGCGAAAAGGAUCACUCUCCGACGGGAUGCCCAAUCUCGAAAGAAAGGUCCUUCGAUAGCACGACGUUUCCAUUGCACUAGCGAAUUCGCGAAAGAAGAAACGACGCCGAUGGACACUAUUAUCCGCUGAGAUGUGAUCCAGAAUACCGCAGGGACGCUCGGUAGUUUGUAGUUGGUCCCCCGUUCCCCUUUUACCGCCCCCUCACCCCACCACCCCACACGACUUAUCACCUACUACCUCGCGCUCUCUUUCCCUCUCUCCCUCUCUCUCUCUCUCUCUCUCUCUCUCUCUCUCUCUCUCUCUAUCUAUCUAUCUAUCUAUCUAUCUAUCUAUCUAUCUAUCUAUCUGUCUAUCUAUCUGUCUGUCUGUCUCUCUCCCUUCUUUCCAUCUUUUCAUCCUUCCUCCAACGCCCUCCUGCCCCUUUACAACGAUAAACGUAACCUUACCGAUGCCACAACGUACGGCGAUCGAAUCGAUUUUCACACGGAUUCGGCGAACGCGCUUGAAUUCGUGACGCCGGUUCAUCAUCUCCCGCCUCUUCUAAAUGCACCUUGGACGAGUGCAGGAGGGACCCGUGUCGCCGGCAUCCUCUUCCCUAAGCAAUCAAAAUCAAAACGAAAACGAUCAACAACAGGUUUUACUGGCGACGAUGCAGCCGGUGAACGUGUUAGAUCUACACGAACCUCCGGCUGUGCAUCCGCUUCAUCCGAAGUAUCAUCAUCACCAUCACCACCGUCACCAUCAUCAUCACCAUCAUCAUCAUCAUCAUCAGCAGCAGCAGCAGCAGCAGCAGCAGCAGCAGCAGCAGCAGCAGCAGCAGCAGCAGCAGCAGCAACACGGUAUUAGCGGAGAUCCGGAGGACGUGCAGCAACGUGGUACGAACGGAGCGGAGGAUCAGGACGGUCGAGUUACGCCGGUAACGGAAACGACUGGUGGAAAUCCAACGUUGGCCGUCGGCGAGCACAAGAUGAUAGAUCUUAUUUACAACGAUGGGCAAAAGACGGUGAUGUACACCCACGACAAGGAGAUAAUAUACGAGAACGAGGCCGAUCGAGUUCAAGUGGUCGAGUAUCCACCACCCCCGCCGUCGCCACCUUCGCCCUCGCCGCCCUCGGUCGUCAGCAGAACCGGACUACUACCGCCGACUUGCGUAGCACCGAGAACAGGGGCUGGUGCGACCGCAGCGGCUCUUCAUCUUCAUCACUAUCCUCAAUUGCAGCUGCAACACGAGGACGAGCUACCGAGCGUUCGUCACACCGUAACCGCCACCGCGCCGAAUUGCGGAACCGCCACCACCACCACGACCGUUCUCGUCCUUUCCGAGCUCGUAGCCGCCGAUCCGGCAGCCGGUGCUGCCGCCGCUCAGCAGCUCACGCUAACGGCCGCGGCCGCUGCGGCUUCUCUUCGCGCUGGACGACGAAGUCGCAGCGAGGAAGAGACGAACGGCAGCGUCUCGGUGGGCGACGAGUCUCAGCAACAACAGCAACAACAGCAAGGCUACGUGUCGCAACGAGAGAGUCAAGAGGAGGAGGAAGAAUUAGCGGCGGAGGAAGCUGCCGCGGCUCAGGCUGCGGCUCAGGCUGCGGCUCAGGCUGCGGCUCAGUCCCUUCAGAGUGCCAGCGAGGAGACCGAUCCGGAAGUUCACAAGAGAGUCACUGCGGUGCAGGUGCAGGUUCAGGGUAUGGAGGGCGACUGGCGCGCCUACUGCGAGCAUCCGCUCUCAGUUGCGACCGCGGCAAUGCUAAAUCUCCAACAACAGCAUCAGGUCUCGACUGUCGCCAGCCAUGGCGACGAUCCAGCCGCUUCCUACGUCUACGAGUACUACAAGCUACCGGAAAAGGCCACCACCGACGUCAAGCUACCCCCGACGCACGAGCUUUGGUCCACGGGUGUGAUGGGCCAAAAGCUGCUGGUGCAGGAGGCGCCUGGCUCCGGUUCUGGCUCGGCAAAUCGCAUGGAAGGCGGCGAAGGCGCCGGAGGUGGGGAGCUCCAUCAUUUCCUCCACCAAUACAACCAGCAGUCUCACAGUCCUGGUCAGAGUCUCCAAGGUGGGCUUCCGCUUCCGUUGAGCCCGCAGUCGCUCCGACACGACGGUUCCUCCAGCGCCGGCAUCGCCGGAGUUAAGAGGGAACCCGAGGAUCUCAGUUCCUCGCGCGGAGCUCAACAAUCCAGCAAACGUCAUAAGCAGGCGCAACCGGAGAGUCCAACGCCGCCGGGAAUGUACCAUCACCAUCAACAUCAGCUACAGGUGCAACAGUACGGAAGUCCGUACGAUCCGUACACCUCGUGCAGUCCACGAUUACAGUCCACCGCGUACACCUCGACGUCCGGAACGAGCGCGACAAACAACGCGAAUGCAAGUGGCAUUCAUCAGGAAACAACAGCCGUCUACGUAACGGGUGACGCUCUGCCACCGCUCGCAUCCUCGAGCUCUUCCUCGUUGUCGACGAGCACAGCCUCCUAUACGAGAUACGAGGUCGUACCCAGCUCUUACGCCACGACGCACGCGAUACGCUCCUCCUCGAGCAGCAGCAAAGUUCUCACCGUCGAUCUACCGAGUCCCGAUUCCGGAAUCGGUGCCGACGCCGUCACACCUAGGCAGGAUCAUCACGCACCUACGGCCCUUCAUCAGUCGUCCUUCGACUAUACGGAGCUCUGCCCCGGAGGAACGGCAACUGGUGCAGCGGUCGUUCUCGAGAGCGGAGCCGUGAUACAUCAUCAACCUCUGCAACUGCAGCUACAACAGAGCCAUGCGCAAGCGCAGGUGCAGCGUGGCGGUCUCGUCGCGGCAGGUGCGACCAAUCCUACCACGAAUCCAAAUCCACCGAGGUCAAGACCUUGGCACGAUUUUGGAAGACAGAACGAUGCCGACAAGAUACAGAUACCAAAGAUCUUCUCGGCGUACGGUUUCAAGUAUCAUCUGGAGUCUCCCAUCAGCACGUCUCAACGACGCGAGGACGACAGAAUAACGUACAUCAAUAAGGGUCAAUUCUAUGGUAUAACUCUCGAUUACGUACCGGAUCCGGACAAACCGCUUCUUAAGGCGGGACAAACGGUUAAGAGCGUGGUUAUGCUGAUGUUCCGAGAGGAGAAGAGUCCCGAGGACGAGAUCAAAGCCUGGCAAUUCUGGCAUGGAAGACAGCAUUCCGUAAAGCAACGUAUUCUCGAUGCUGAUACAAAAAACAGCGUUGGUUUGGUGGGUUGCAUAGAGGAAGUCGCGCACAAUGCGAUUGCUGUUUAUUGGAAUCCCUUGGAAUCUUCUGCAAAGAUAAACGUCGCCGUGCAGUGUCUCAGCACAGAUUUCUCCAGUCAGAAGGGCGUAAAGGGCCUACCGCUACAUAUUCAAGUGGACACGUACGAGGAACCCCCACCACACACUCACACUUACACGCCACCCUCGCAUCGCGGUUAUUGUCAGAUCAAAGUCUUUUGCGAUAAGGGAGCGGAAAGGAAGACUCGCGACGAGGAGAGAAGAGCAGCCAAAAGGAAGAUGACGGCUACGGGUAGGAAGAAACUCGACGAACUUUACCACUCUGUCACGGAACGUAGCGAAUUUUAUUCCAUGGUCGAUCUCCACAAGCCACCCGUCCUCUUUUCACCGCCGGCCGAGCAUGCCAUCGACAAGUUUUCGACGAUGGAGUUGUCGGGCUUCUACGGAGGCGGUGGCGGCGGUGGCGGUGGCGACACCGACACCUCGUCACUCAGUAACGGUGAGGGCGGAGGAUUGAAGGCUGGGGGUAGCAGCCCGUAUCCUACUUGCGGUAGACCGAGCCUGCCCGCCUUGAAGUUCCACAACCACUUUCCGCCCGACAAUCUCAGUAAUCUACACGACAAGAAGGACUCCUUAUUGAUGCAGGUGCAGGAACUUCAAGGCUCGGUGCUUCAGGGUGUACAACAGGCCGGACUGGCCGGCACCGUAGUCUCCAGCGUCGGCAAUCGCCUGCACCUGCAGCAACAGCCGUCGCAUUUGCGUCCGGCCGACGCCGAGGAACGUGUCAUGCUAUACGUUCGUCAGGAAUCCGAAGACGUCUACACGCCUCUCCACGUAACGCCGCCAACUGUUCAAGGACUACUCAAUGCUAUUGAGUCAAAGUACAAAAUUGCAUCCUCGAGUAUUAAUAACCUCUAUCGCAAAAACACAAAGGGCAUUACGGCGAAAAUUGAUGACGACAUGAUCAGAUUCUACGUGGACGAAGAUCUGUUCCUCUUGGAGGUGAGUCAUUCGAGAUUGAACGGAGAUGCCGUAAGCGAACGAAAUUCUACCAAUCCUGGCUCGCCGAGCGAUCCAACCGAUCCCGGGGAGGCACCGACGAGCGGUUACGACGUGACGCUUAUCGAACUACCCUCGUCACCGCCACAUCUCGCCCAUUCGCCCCUUGCCAACUCGACGCACGGUCACGCACACGCGCACGUUCACGAAAGUGGAAACACGUGAAGGUGGGAACUAUCAUCCGGACAUCUCUGAAUCUUUCGACGUGUACAUAGUAGGCGGACGGAUAGUCGGCCGAAGGACGCGAUCCAAGUUCUCCGAAGAGCCAUCCGACCGUCCGCGAACUUUGAGAAUGCUUAAUCGAUCUCCGCUGGCGCAAAUACCAGAACGAGCUAAGAUUCAUUCUCUAAUUUCUUAAGAAUCGAGGAUAACUCGAUCGCCUUUUAUCUCACAUCUUUCAGAUGUCCUCAAACUUUAAACAUUUUACUUACUCGUUAGAAUAAGAAAAAAAUAUGUUGCGCCGUACGCAACGUAAAAAGCACGAAUCGAGAUUAAGAUCUUACAUGAGAGAAUGGACGAAGAAGAACCGGUUAGAUUAUAAGAUAGUCGUCGUUUUAAGAUAGAAACAUAUCAUUCUUCGUUGCGUGCAACUAUCGUUACGUGUAAAUCAAUCAAAAUUGAUUUAAGAGGACCAUUGUAUCUUACGUAUACGUAUGACGUAUGUUUAUAUGAGAUUUUUUUCAUUUUAUUUUAUUAUCGUAUCUUUGCGGUUUAGAGUUUAAAUUUUGUUUAUUUUAUUAUAAAAUAUAUCGCACAAAUGCGAAUCUACACGAAUGGAAGGAGAAGAUAGUAUCGAGUGAAGUCGACGUAUUCGAAUUUAUUUUUAAUAUACACCAAAUUAUUUCUCAUUUCGACAACGUUAUUUCAAUUAGGAACUCCUUUAAAAAAUGAUCAAUGUAUCUAUUCUAUUUGGAUUCAUUUUAUUAUCGUAUCAGUAAAAGCGUUGAUGUUAUUUUUUACUUGUAAAAGUUUUAACCCAUACUUUUUAUCAUUGUUGAUGAUAUUUUUAGACAACCUCCCACGUGCUUUAUCGUUAAGACAUUGAACGACCGACGUUCUUCCAAGUCCUACAACCUCGAACAACGUAAUCAUAUUACCUUUGACGCUCGCCAUUUGCCAUUUUUAAAUAAUCACAUUAUUUAAACAGAGUUACGUAUGGCAAGGUUUAAUAUCAGAUUGCUACGUAUCAAACCGAACGAAUACAAUAGUUUAUAUUUUAUAACAGUGUGAAAAAGAAGCCAUUGGCAGAGACAAAAAUAUUACAAUUUUAUCGUAGAAUUGCGCGUUCGCGCUUAUGUGUGUAUCCAUAUCGCGUACCGCUUUCUUGUUGUUCGUUAUAAUGUUAGAGAUCCGAUAGAUUAGAUUAGAGAAUAUCACGAUCACGACAUUUAUAUUGUUUUUGCGUUUAAUCAUACGUAUUGUCGAUACCGAUAUCAAAGCAACGAUCAAAAUACGCUUGUAAAAUGCAUAUUAUUAUUGAAUACUAUAUUUUGUUACAUUUAUCGCAGACAGCAUAUAGGUUAAUAUUAUUAAUAUUAUUGUUUCUAUCGAUUAGAGAUAUACCUAUAUCAUUAUUUUUAUACGAGAAUGUAUAAUCGUAUGAGACGUAAAAAAGAAUUUUAGAAUAAAGAGAGAGAGAGAGAGAGAGAGAGAGAAAGUAUGUGUGUGCUUGCAGUAUGAGUAGUAUAUGAUUGAAAGAGACGAUGCAUGGAACAGAAAUGAUAUAGAAAGAGAAUGAUUGCGUACGUAUGCGAGUAUAUCGAUGAAGAUGAAGAAGGAAAAAAAAUUUUUUAGUUAUGAUUGUUAGCGUUGCUCCAUGACAUUUUUAUAAAUAAUAACUAUAGCAGAGCCCUUCUUUCCCCCGCCCUGACCCACCCCUCCGCCCGUUGGCCGUUCAUUUACGAGAAAAGACACCGUCCCGACGUAUCUUUCUUUCGCAUACGAACGGCUGCGUCGAUGAGCCAUUUUAUUAUUAUUAUUAUUAUUAUUUUAUUAUUAUUACUGAUAAUAUUAUUAUAUCAUCUUUAUAAUACUUAUAACUAUUAAUAUUAUUUCUAUGUUACGAAGGAUAAACGUGUUAACGCUACGAGGAGACUACGAAUCUAAAGAAAUCUUUUGCUAAUUUUUCCAGCCACAGUCACGCAAAUUUAUCAGAAUCCUUUUUGAGGUUUCGAAAAGAAACAAAUCUCUCUGAGCAGUAGUUUACUUUCUAACGAUAGAAAGAAAGAUUUGUUCGUUGUUUCCUCGUAGCCAUUUCUUUUUCUUUUUUAUUGAGCCGUGUCGAUAUCGUACUUAAACGACGUAAAUAUGACGAUAUAAAAGAAGAAAGAGAGAGAACAAGAAGAAGGGAUGACUUCUGACUUAUUUGUUAUAAGCGUAUUCUAAUCGCAAGAAAUGUUAUUUCUUUAUCUGUCGCUUAUCCGAUCGACGGAAUAUCCGAUUUUCAGAAUGUAGCGUGGAAAUGUCGUCGGAAAGAGAGAGAGAGAGAGAGAGAGAGAGAGAGAGAGAGAGAGAGAGGGAGAGGGAGAGAGGGAGAGAGAGAGAGAGUAUUGAUAACAGAAAGCUGAAAUAUUAAGCAUGUUUUCUUUCUUCCGUCGCGUUGUCUUGCCAUCGUGAGAUUGUGCCAGAGGUGAUAUUAUAUUAUUUCGAUGUUUAUUGCAACAAUAAAUAUUAUAUUAGUACGUUUUAUAAA